AUGUCUGCCGUUGCUGCGAAGGAGUCCUACCUCCACCCUCUCGACCCCGCCACGGCCGAAGAGAUUGAGAAGGCCACCUCCCUCGUUAAACAACUCUUCUUUGGUAUCCCACUCCACUUCAAGGCAGCCGGCCUCGAUGAACCCCCCAAGCGGGACCUGUCUGCCUAUCUCGAUGCUGAGCACGACGGCAGACCGCUUCCUCCUCUGCCUCGUCGCGUCUUUGUCAUGUGGUACAUCCAUCGCACUCCCAGACUAUUUGAAGGUGUGGUCGACGUGACAAACAACAAGGUUGAGCAGUAUCAAGAGCUCCCCCGCGACUUCCAUGGCCCUGUUGACCGUGCUGAGAUGAACGAGGCCGCUGAGGUCGUCAUGAAGGACCCCAACGUCAGAAAGGAAAUUCAGCGUCUCAAGAUUGACGACACCACCAUUGUCCUCGACCCCUGGGACUUUGGCGUUGAUGGAACCGAGACACAGGAAAGACACACACAGGUCUUCAUGUACAUCCGCAACCCUGAAAACAAUGACCCCGACUCUUGCCACUACUCCUUUCCUCUCGACUUCAUGGUCAUUGUCGAUCUAGUUGCCAUGAAGGUGAAGAAGAUCCUCCGUCUCCCUCUUGGUGUGGACCAGAAGACCACCGAGGUGUUCAGCGAUGUUCCGCACCGCAGGACCAACCUCUUCGAACCAGAGUACACACACAGACUCCAGAAGAACCCGCCCCGAACCACCAUGAAGCCUUACCAGGUCAUCCAGCCAGAGGGUGCUUCAUUCACCGUCAAGGGGCACCUGAUUGAGUGGGAGAAGUUCCGCUUCCGUGUUGGUUUCAACUGGCGUGAGGGUAUGACCAUUCACGAUGUUUCAUUCAUGGGCCGCAAGGCGUUCUACCGUCUUUCUCUCUCUGAGAUGUUUGUCCCAUACGGCGAUCCUCGCAACCCUAUCUACCGCAAGGGCGCUUUCGACCUUGGCAAUGUCGGUGCAGGUGUGACUGCCAACAACCUCGCUCUUGGUUGUGAUUGCCUGGGAGUUAUCAAGUACCUCGGCGGCCAUGUUGUCGGAAAUGACGGUGCUGCCGUCGAGAAGCCCAACGCCAUCUGCAUCCACGAGGUCGACCAGGGCAUCCAGUGGAAGCACACCAACCACCGCACCAAGAACGCCACGGUGGUGCGCAAGCGACAGCUUGUUCUGCAACAGAUCAUCACCGUUGCCAACUACGAGUAUAUCUUUGCUUGGAUCUUUGACCAGUCUGGCGAGAUCACCUUCGAGACCCGCGCCACCGGCAUCCUCUCCACUCAACCAAUCGAUGCCGAUGCCAAGGUCCCAUGGGGAACUCGUGUCGGCGACGGUGUCAUGGCUCCUUACCACCAGCACAUCUUCAAUGUCCGCAUUGACCCUGCCGUAGGCGGCCCCAACAACUCCUUCGUCUAUUCCGACUCGGUCCGCAUGGACUGGGACGAGGAGCUCAACCCCCUGGGCACGGGAUACGUGACCAAGGAGACCACCAUCCACCGCGCCAGCUCCGUCCAGGACAGCGUCGCCGACGGCCGCGUCUUCAAGAUCGUCAACCCCAACAUCGAGAACCCCGUCUCCAAGACCCCCAUCGGCUACAAGGUCGUCCCCAUCCGCUCCCAGAUGCUCCUUGCCCAGCCGGGCUCCUGGCACUGGCGCCGCUCCGAGUUCUGCGAGGCCCCCAUGUGGGUGACCAAGUACCAGGACCGCCAGCUCUUCCCCGCGGGCGACUACACCAACCAGUCCCUCGGCGGCACGGGCAUCAAGAGCUGGACCACCCACAACCCGGACCCCGUCGUCAACGAGGACAUUGUCGUCUGGCACACGUUUGGCUUCAACCACAUCCCCCGCGUCGAGGACUUCCCCAUCAUGCCCGCCGAGAUCGCGCAGAUGCACCUCAAGCCGUACAACUUCUGCAACUACAACCCCACCAACGACGUGCCUCCGUCGAACCAAGAGUUUAACAAGAGUGUGCUGUAUGAGGAUCAGCAGGCUGCUUCUGCCGAUUUGUGCUGCCGGAACAAGCUGUGA